GGCGGAAUCGCUCUCCUUGGAGGAGACAAAUGCUAUGCGUAUAAAGAUCGGCUUGAAGCCAAUUCAAGCUGAUGGUCCACCGGCUGAAGAUAAGGAGAAGUCGGCUGAAUCAAACUACGCCACUUUGAAGGCAGAUGAGCAGAAACAACGAGAUGAUGAAUCUCAGCGAGAGAAGAUCGCAAAAGCACGUAACAAGUUAGAACUUAAUAAACGUCUAAAAGGUAAAACCUUAGCUGAUGAUACUGGGGAGGAUGAUGCUAAGAAGUGGGCAAAACGAAUAAAGAGAAAGCAGAAAGAGGCGGCUGAUAGGAUAGCUAAGCAACAGGCUGAAUUAGAUACCAAUUAUCAGCAGGAUUACAAUGAAUCUCACUUAUCUGGUUUAAAGGUAGCACAUGAUAUCGAAGAUUUCGCUGAAGGCAAGGAGCACGUCUUGACACUCAAAGAUACAAGUGUAUUAGAUGACGGUGAUGACGAACUUCAGAAUCUUGAUUUAGCAGAAGACGAGAGAGGCAAGGAGAGAGCUGAACUACGUAAAGGCGUAAAAGCACAUCAAUACACUGGAUUAGAUGAUGACGAGUUUACUACAGAUGGUGAUGCUAAAAAGCCAUCCUUAUUAAGCAAGUAUGAUGAUGACCUCAAUGGCUCUUCUGAAUCUGGAUUUAGAUUGGGUGACGCUAUUGCUCCCACAAAGCCCAAAGUAGAAGAGGAUAAUGCUCUCACCCAAGGUGAAGAGAAAGUCAACAAAACCAUGCUCAGUUUGGACUACUUGAAAAACCAAGAGGCUAGUGAUUUCCUCAAGGAAGGUGACGUCGGUUUCAAAAAACCAAAAACUAAGAAGAAGAAGAAAAGUUCUCGUAAGAUUGAAAUUAAAGAGGAAGAAGAUCAAGAUAUGGAGGUAGACGUUAAACCGCCACCACCUCGUGAACGCGCCAAUCUCGAACAUUCAAACUUCAUAGAUGACGACGAUUUACAAAUUGCACUUGCCAAACAAAGGCGAGAAAAGCUUAAGAAGAAGUCAGCACGACAGAGAAAACCAGAGGAUAUAGCAGCCGAGAUUAAGAACCUCGAGGAAUUUGACAAACAUGAUGAUAAAGCCAAAGAAGGGGGUUUAGAAUUCGAUGACACGUCUGAAUUCAUCAGAACAGUUCAAUUGGCUCCACAACAAGAGGCUUUCGAGAGUAAAGUGAAGUCUGAGCCGCUCAGUGAAAUUGAUCUGGCACCACCGACUGCUGAAGUGGGUGAAGACAUGGACGUCGUAGUGGAAGAUGUCGAUGGCAUUAGACAGCAACAAGAACAAGACGAAGAAACUGUAGAGAGGGCAAAGAGUGAAUCUCCAAGUGUUCCAUCAGAAAUGGCUCAACCUCAACCCGGUAAAGGUCUCGGUGGUAUUCUCGCAUCAUUGAAACAACAAGGACAGAUUGAAACACUCACUCCAGAGCAACGCGAGAAGGAGAGAGUACAACAAAACAAUACCAAAUUUUUAGCAGAGCAGCGUAUGAAAGAGAUCAUACGUGAAGAAGAAAAGUUGAGAAUACGUAACGAUCAUACGAAGACACAAGCACAGCGUGACUUUGAGAAUAGACAAAGGGAUGCAAAAUCAGCACAGGAAGACAAAGAGGCGUUCGAGAGGAAUUACAAGCCUUCGGUAGAUAUCAAAUACUUCGAUGAGACAGGUAGAUCUCAAAGUACGAAAGAAGCCUGGAAAUACCUGAACUAUAAAUUCCACGGUAAAGGACAAGGUACUAAGGGUAGAGAGAAGGCGCUAAGGAAGGUAGAAAAUGAGAGGAAGCAACUCGCGAUGACAUCUGGGGAAACGCCACUCAAUAUGAUGUCUUCAUUCCAAGCUAGACAAGAAGCGACGGGCUCUGCUCAUAUGGUUUUGUCUGUUGGUAAUAGAGGAGCUGCACCGCAGGCUGACACGCUCUAUGAUCCUGACGCUGGGCUGUCUAAAGGCAAGAAGCGAGCCGAGAGCGCUGACAGAGGGGAUUACCAACGCGGUUCAUCUACUGGUGUGGCUAGUGUUGAAUCAUCAGCAGGACCAGCGCCUCCUGUUAGGCAAGGGACUAGUUCAUUCGUCCCCAUCAGUGGUACUGCGUCAGGUACGCUGACGAGCGAGACUGAAAAGCGGACGAAGUCAUCAUUUGCUCCAAUUGGUAAUGGUACUACAAGUUCGGGUGGCACCCAGUCAAAUGAACAAGGUGGACUCAAGUUGGGUGCGAAGAUUAGCUUCGCUAGAUGAUUAAUU